GGGUUAGCAAGCUUUCCUAUCUAACAGCAAACAGUUUGCCCGCAGCUGGCUGAUCGUCACUUCAACUUUUGGGAAGUAACUUUUUAGAGCAUAGUUGGUCAGACCAACUUCCACCCUAAAGUGAAGUCAUGGCGUGUGGAGCCACCCUGAAGAGGACCAUGGAUUUCGAUCCGCUGAUGAGUCCGACUUCUCCCAAAAGACGCAGAUGCAUCCCCGUUUCCCCGUCGUCUUCGUCUUCAUCUUCAUCCCCUAGGAAGUACCUUAGCAUGGAGCCCUCGCCAUUUGGGCAGUCGUCUUCAAGACUUAGUGCAGAACAAAUCCUCAACAACAUUAAGCAAGAGUACAAACGCAUUCAAAAGAGGAGGCAUCUAGACGGAGGCUACCACCAGUCAGAGUGUUGCUAUUCUCCAGAUUCCCCAUCCCAGUCGUCCACUAUGAAUGUUUCUAGCAUGCCAGGAACGUCCUCUGGAGGUGUUUCUCCUACUAGAAGAGAACAGCCAUUAUUCACCCUCAGACAAGUUGGAAUGAUCUGUGAACGCCUAUUGAAAGAAAGGGAGGAGAAGGUGCGGGAGGAGUACGAGGAGACCAUGACAUCAAAAUUGGCAGAACAAUAUGACACCUUUGUGAAAUUCACACAUGAUCAGUUAAUGCGACGAUUCGGGGAGCAACCUGCAAGCUAUGUUUCCUGAGUGUGGCACAGAAAUCUUUGCAAGAAAGCCUUCUCUUGCUGCAAGCUGUCAUGUGACAUCUCAAGAAAGAAAGGCCUCACUGUAAGAGAUUCAGUUUAGCUAGUUUAAAUGAAACUUUCUUACUGUGCCAUAUUUCUGUCUUUGGGCAAAAGUUUUUAUGAAGCUGUUGUCAGUUGUUACCACUCUGUUGUAAGCAACUAGGUGCUUCCUAAUGUACAUUAAUGGACCCUGUCAAUACCAGUGGCCUAUGUUCCUCCUGAUGUACGUGUUAUCUACCCCGUUCUCCCUCUCUUUUGUAAUGAUUCCCAGCAUUCCGGGCUUUGUCAUUUGUUUCCGUUUGUUACAUGUAAAUACAAUCAAGCAGUUUUACACAAGGUUUGCUGGUCAAUCUGAAAGAAGUUGGAAGAAACAGCUGAACAGAGAGAACGUUUCCAGUUUGUUCGCUGUUCAUUGUUUUUAAAAUUGAACAUUAAGUAGGCACUUUUUUCCCCCCCCUCCCCAUCAGUGUUUUAUUUAUUUAGACUUUUGUUUUGCUGUUGUCACUUUGAAACCAAUGUACUUAUUGGAAGGAAGAAAAAAACCAAUAAAUCUUUUAGGAGUCGG